CUCGGUUUACCGCCAGGGGGCACAGUGCGGAAAUGACAACCUAGACUCUGGGGUGGGGGUGGGGUAAGGCGCUUUCGGAUUGGUCCCGACAGCCACGUGGCCUUCUCAUAAUUGGCUGGGUGGACAGAGAAGUCUGCCACUUCUCUGGCUUCAUUCAAGGAAACCCUCCCCACCCCCACCCCCACCCCCACCCCCACACACUUGCACUCCUUAACUUACAGUAUCUCCUGAAGGGCACAUUGUCCCACUGUCCAGGGACCCACUGAGUGUCAAGUUGCCCCGGAAAGGAGUUGAAUUUCCUGCCGGCAUGGGGUCCGUCUGGUCCUCCCCGGAGUGGGAGGGCACCCCUUGCCUUGAGAGGAGAUGGGGCCUGUCCAGCUGUCCAGCUGUCCAGGCGCUGACGCCCGGUGCACCCCAGAGCCGCUCGAGUUUCCCCCCACCCCACCCCCUGGCCUAGGCCUAUUCUAGCGACUGAGCCAGCAGCCCAGGCAUCCUUGAGCUAAAUAAAGAGCCUGCUUUGUUCAAGGGGCGGGAGCUAGGGUCCCGGGGGGCUUGGGGCAACCACGCCAAACAAGGCAAGGAGGGGAGCGAUGUAUAAAACCAGGGCCCACGGCUGAGCACCUGCCCGCGCCCCUACUGUGCCAUCGGAAGGGCAUCGCACCGCCUGCUACCCACCUAGUUCCCUCAAGUCCGAAAUCGACGCCCCUCCACCCCCACCCCCACGGUGAGUCCUGUCCUCAGACCAGCUCUGGACACGUCCAUCCCGGGGGAUGUUCUGAAUCCGAAGAGCAAAGGCUGAAAGUCUCUGGGUUAGUCUAGACCCCCGUGUUUGUUUUUCGCUGCCCAGAUGUCCAAAGCAGCUCCCGCCAAAAAGCCGGCGGCUACGGCCCCGCCUCCGGGAUGUACCCUAGAUAUCAACGACCCCCAGGUCCAGAAAGCGGCCAUUCGUAUCCAGGCCUCUUACCGGGGCCACAGGUCCCGGAAGGAGCUGCGGGAGACCCGGCCGCCGCGCGUGCUGGAUCCGCUCAAGGACGUGGUGCUGAUCGAGGGCAGCGCGGCCAACCUGACCUGCCGCAUAUCGGCUUUCCCGGACCCGUUUAUCCGCUGGAGCAAGGACGGCAAGGAGCUGCGCGACGGGCCCAAGUACCGCUACAUCUUCAAGGACCCCGACGUCGUGGCCUUGGUGGUGCGCGACGGCGAGCUGGCGGACCUGGGCCAGUACAGCAUCAACAUCACCAACCCCUUCGGCCAGUGCUCCGACUCGGCGCACAUCCUCGUGGAAGUCCCGGCGAAAAUCCAAAAGGGCCUGGAUAACACUAAAGCGCGCAAAGGCGCCACGGUGACGCUGACUGCGGAGAUCAUGGGCGAGCCUGCGCCCGACGUGGGCUGGACCAAGGACGGGAAGGACAUCGAGGAGGAUGACAGGGUUUACUUCGAGAUCGGCAGCACCAACACCACGCUGACCAUCCGCCGGGCCACGCCGCAGGACAGCGGCAAGUACGAGGUGUUCGUGGAGAACAGCCUGGGCAUGGACCAGAGCUUCGCUCGCGUGGACGUGGCCUGAAAGGGACCCUCGGAACUUUCGCUCUGUUUCCAAGCCUUGGGGUGGGUGGUACUAACAACCCCCUUCUUUUUUUGCUUAAUAAAGCUGCUCUCUC